AUGGCGAAUAAUAGUGAGGUCUGGGUUCAAUGGUUCACGUGUUGUCUGAGCCAAAGAGGAACUGGAUCACGAAAUCAGAAUCAGAAUCAGAACCAGAACCAGAACCAGAGUCAGAAUGGAGGCAAGGGAAGACAAAGACAGAGAUUGAGAAUAGACAGGAGUAUGAUCGGAGCUCCGAUGAAUUUUCAGCACACGGGUCAUAUAGGAAGUGGUGACUUGGACAUGGAGAGCGCGCACUUGUCGGUGAUACAGCAUCAGAUGCAAGGCAAGGGUGGAUAUGAAGCAUCGUUUGGUGUCAAGGCAUGCUGAGACCUCCAGUAUUCAAAACUCUAAUCUCAAAAAAAAAUCUACACAAUUGUGUAAAUAAAAAAAAAAGAAAUUAACAAACUUUUAAAAACUUACGUAAGUCGAGACUGUUUUUCCAUCGUCAUUAAUAUUAAUUAUCAUAAUUAAAAUAACAACAGCAUCUCAGUACCUCAAAGUUAAAUAUUUAACUGAUAACAUGCAUAAUUAAACCCGAUAAUUAUUAUAAUUUAUUAAAUUACAACAAAAAAAGAACGUCCGUAAUUUCGCUCAAUUUAAAUUUUUAAAAAUUACCGCCAAAUUUUUAUAAAUAAUAAUAAUUGCUUGUGCCUUCGUCAAUUAGAACUUACAGUAAUUACUGCUCAUUAAAAAUAACAGAAAAAAUUUAUAGACACAAAAAAUAUUUUCCGCGAAUUCGCGAUCGCGAGUUAGAAUUUUUACAAAAAAAAAAUAAAAAAUAUGAAAUAUAUACAAGUACAGCAAUUACUCAUUAGAUUAAUUAGCAAUUAGUAAUUAGUAAUUUUUAAUGAUUAAUUUUAGUAACCGCCAAAAAACUUUAUUUUUUUUAUUUUUUAAAUCCGCGGAUUUCGCGGCCACGAAAUUUUUUUUAAUUAAAAUUUUAUAAAAAAAUAAUUAUCCUAGUUGACUAAUUACAUUACUAAUGAGUAAUUAAAAUACAAACUGCCAUUUAAACACAAGCUAAUUAAAAAAAAAAAAAAAAAUA